AUGAUAAAUGCAGAUAUUCUGAGAACUGCAUGUCAUCAUGAUAUUUGUCAACAUUGUUAUGACGCAGCUAGUAGAAAAGAAAAGAUGUCAUGUCCAGCUCUCGGAUGUUCUGAAUCAAUGGUGGAUGAAGAAGAUUUAAUAUGUGAAGGGUCGUGUAAACAACCGUUGGUUUUUGAUAAAACAAUUACGAUUCCAUGUUGUGGAGCAAGAAUGUGUGAUGAGUGUGGCCCAAAAUGGACGAAUGGUAAAGAUUUUUGUGAUCCUGGAAAAUGUGUCAUCAAAGAGGCUUCGAAAAAGAAAAAGGCCCCUGAUAUGUCCCGUCAACCUUGUAUGGGAUCAAUGAACUGUGAAGGAGAAGUUCUUCGUAAUUUCCCGUCAGAAUUUGAAUGCGAUCAUGACGUUUGUAUUCAAUGUAUUGGCACUAUGCUUGACGAGUGCGAAAAGAAUGGAAAAUCACCAAUGUGCCCUGCGAAGACGUGUGCAAUUCCGUAUCGAUGUGAAAGUGUUCUUGCUCUGGCUGCUCAGUUUCCAGAAAGAAAAGGUUUCUUCUCAAAGUUCACUCUACAGGCAAAGUUCUCAAUGCAGACUUUGAGAGAUGACUCUGUUUCGAAUGUUAUACAUGGAGAUCUGAAAGCAAUGACUGGACAGAAAUUCUCUCUCAAGAUUGGCCAAUGCGAUGACGAUGAUGGAGGAAUGCCAAUGGAAUAUGUUCGAGAAGGGUCCCUCGGUGAUUUGAUAAGGGAAAUUCGCCGUGUUUUGAAAAUUCUGGCCACUGACAAGAUUUACGGAUAUUACCGUGUGGACGAUGGCAAGAAAAAGUCGUUGGAUGUUACCAAAGAGACUAUACGUUCACCAUGUUCUGCUCUUAACAUCACCGAAAACACUACUAUCCUUGUUGACACAACUGGUAUAGUUUCAAGACCGAAGAAACAUUAA